AUGGGUGGCUCUUUGUUGCGCCUACAUUUUCACGAUUGCAUCAUUAAUGGUUGUGAUGCUUCGAUUCUUCUAGACUCUACAUCAACCAUUAAUAGUGAAAAGAAUGCAAAUGCUAACACAAAUAAUUCUGCUCGAGGUUUUGAGGUUAUUGAUAGAAUUAAGUCAGAAGUUGAUAAAAUUUGUGGUGGUCCAAUAGUUUCUUGUGCAGACAUUUUGGCAGUAGCAGCUCGGGACUCCGUAGUUGCGUUAGGAGGACCAAUGUGGGAGGUGAAACUAGGAAGGAGGGACUCUACUACAGCUAGCAAAGAUGCAGCAAACGAUAAUCUUCCAACUCCCUUCAUGGACUUGCAUAAAUUGAUAACUUCUCCUGACUUCUCGAAUUUAUACACUCCCUGGUUUCUAGCUUGUAAAGAAGUUGCAGCAAUGGCUCUAUAUUCAGCCUCUGAAGAUGAUCGAGACACAGUCAUUUGUUUCUUGGAUUUCCAGGAAAUCAAGGCAGACCCUAGGAACAUACAGAAACCAGAGAUAGAGCGUCUAGUAUCUGGGCAUGCAGCCUAA